UUUGCAGGCGAGCGGCUGUCUGAGGGCUGGCGGUCGGUGCGGGCAAUUGGACCGGGGCUGAACAAUCUGGGCAACACAUGUUUCCUGAACUCGGUCCUGCAGUGCCUGACAUACACGGCGCCGCUAGCCGAGUACCUAAUGGCGCACGAGCACUCGGGCAGCUGCCGGAUGGGUGACAGCUGCAUACUGUGUCGGUUUGAGGCGCAGGUGACACACGCGCUGGCGAAGCGCAGCGGGUCGGCGGUUUCGCCCAAGCCUAUAGUGGGGCGGCUGAAGCUGGUGGCCAAGCACAUGCGGAUUGGGCGGCAGGAGGACGCGCACGAGUUCCUGCGCCUGCUGGUGGACUCGUUCCAGCGCAGCCUGCUGCAUGGCAUUGAUCCCAAGAUCGACCGGCGGGUGCAGGAGACUACGCUGGUGCAUCAGAUCUUUGGUGGGUACCUGCAGAGCCAGGUGACGUGCAGCAAGUGCGACUACGACUCGAACACAUUCGAUCCAUUGCUGGACAUCAGCCUGGAUAUCCAGUCGGGCAGCUCGCUGACCAAGGCGCUGCGGGCGUUUACGCGGCCUGAGCACCUGGUGAAGGCAAACCGGUACAAGUGCGAGAAAUGCAGCAAGCUGGUGGACGCGACCAAGCAGAUGUCGGUGUACAAGCUGCCGCGCAUCCUGACGCUGCAGCUCAAGCGGUUCUCGAUCUUUGGCGGCGGCAAGAUCAACCGCUUUGUCGAGUUCCCGCUGCACCUGAGCAUGAAGAACUAUGUCAGCAGGAAUUCGCCCGAGCACGGGCCCUAUGAUUACAGCCUGUAUGCGGUGCUGGUGCAUGCUGGAGGCACAUCGCGGUCGGGUCACUACUACUGCUUUGUCAAGUCGCCAGCAGGUGUGUGGUACGAGAUGAAUGACAGCAUGGUGAGGCAGGUCAGCGAGAACACGGUGCUCAAGCAGACUGCGUACCUGCUGUUCUAUGAGCGCUCGGCG